AUGGACAUUCCGCAAGCACAGGAAGGAGAAGCAGUGGCCCGUCCAACCAAACGAAAGAGGGUCGCAUUGGCAUGUGAUACCUGUCGGGAACGCAAGAUCAAGUGCGAUGGGUCGAAGCCUGUGUGUAGUCCCUGCAGAAAACGAGGGGAACCGUCUGCGCGAUGCGUUUACACUGUUAUUGCUGGGACUGCAAAGCAGCUUAGUGAGCAAGAGUACAUCGCUUCACUGCAGAAACAGGUGCAGGACAUGCAAUUGGUAAUCGACCAGCUACGCCAAGAUGCAGAACUCACCCCCAAAAGCCCCAGAGACAGACCCGGUACAAUUCACGCCACUACAAACGGCCCAAGCCCCGUAAGCACAAUGGGUGCUACGACCCUCACUCUCAACCGUCAAGAGGAUGAAUUCUUCGGUCAAUCCUCGGUGCACUCCCUUCUCCGAGAGGUUCCCCAUCCCGAUCGUCACCGGCCAGCGGCCCCACUUCGGAAUCGGGACCGGAGUUCCGCGACGUCACUUCUAACAGCUGAGUUUGCUUUACCGCCGCGACAAGUAGCUGACAAGUUUCUGGACUUGUACUUUGAUAGUGUGCAUAUUUUCUAUCCUUGGUGUCAUUCGACGUGGUUUAGGAAACGGUAUGAGGCUUUAUGGACGUCGACUGGCUAUCCAGGGGCGGAGAUGGGUCAAGCUGGUGAUAUUGGCGUGGGGGGAGAUCAGUGUCCUGAAAUUUCCUUCUUCUGCGUUUUGAACGCGAUGUUCGCUCUGGGUUGCGAGUUUUCAGAUUUGCCAGAGAAGGAAUCUGCUUCGGCGAUGUUUAGCUCAAGGAUGAGGAGCUUGUUGCAGAUGGAUAUUCUUGACAAAGGAGACUUGUCGCAUGUGCAGGCAUUACUCCUUGCAGGACACUAUGCACUAUCAAGCGAAUAUCCAAUUCGGUGCUAUAACAUCAUCGGUCUUGCUUGUCGGAUAGCUGUUGGGCUGGGCCUGCAUACGGAGAGACACGCGGAUCAGAGAUCUGUUAUGGAAAAUGAAGUGCGUCGAAGAGUCUGGUAUGGGUGUUUACAAAUGGAAAUGACAGUCUGCAUGACACUAGGAAGACCACCAGUUCUCCAAAUGACAGACGACGUCCUCGUUCCCGCCGCAGUAGACGACGAAUUCAUCUGUCCAAACACCGCCUCAUGCAUCCAACCUGAAGGAACAGUAUCGCAGAAUCUCUUUGUCGUAGAGAACAUAAGACUAGCCAAGGUCCUCGGCAAAAUCCUAUCUUCGAUCUACUGGCCCAGUUCAUCCUCCGACUUCAGCGCCCUCGUUCGUCUAGAUGGUCUCCUUGAGGAGUUCAAAACCUCCCUGGUCUGCGACCUGAAAUGGUGGGACAACGACGACAGGGCUCAAACACAAGGAUCUAGGGGGCAUGUUUUGAAGCGCCAGAGGAAUGUGCUUCAUGCUAGGUUCCUCCAUCUUAGGAUUCUGCUGUACCGGCCAAGCUUUAGUGCAUUCUGUGCUGCUGCGAGACGUUCACGACAGCGGCGGGGAACAGGCUCUGGCUCGGAUGAAGUCAGUGUUGAAACAAACACUCUACAAGGGGCGUUUCAAGCUCAGUGCGCUACCACGUGUGUCCAAGUUGCUUACGAAUUAUCCGCGUCUUUGCUGGCUGCGAGAGAAGUGGAGGCGACUGGAGCAUGGUGGUUCAGUCUAUUCUAUCUCAUGACUUGUGGCGGCAUAAUCAUCCUCGCCGAAUGUGCUCAGGCCGGAGGAAGUAAACACUUCAAUCAGCAGCAACUCGAUGCGACUUGGGAGAACACAACGGUGCUUCUACGAGUUAUCGGUAGGGAAAAUGCCCGAGCGAGAGGAUAUCUGGAGCAUCUACUUCUUCUGAAGGACCAAGCACGGUCUACAUAUUUCUGUACGUCGGGAUGGACUCACAAGCACUAUGUCAACAAACCCUGUCGCUAA